AGGGUAAAGAGUGACGUUUAGCGGCUGAUAAGGCCAUGCCUGAGGACUUGGACUGUAUAUAAGGAGCGGCUCCUUCCUGCUGCUGUAUCGCUUCCCAUCUUCCCACCUCUGGAGUCUUGGGAGCCAGGAAGAACCAUGAAGUGGUUGCUUCUCCUCACCUUGAUAGCGCUCUCCGAGUGCACCUCCUACAAGGUCCCGCUCACCAGAAAGAAGUCCUUGAGGCAGAAACUGAUCGAGAAUGGCAAGCUGAAGGACUUUCUGCAGAAUCACCAGUACAACAUAGGCAGCAAGUACUUUCCCUCGGAGGCCACCACCUUGAUGUCCGACCAGCCCCUUCAGAACUUCCUGGAUAUGGAGUACUUCGGCACCAUCAGCAUUGGAACCCCCGCCCAGGACUUCACCGUCAUCUUUGACACUGGCUCCUCCAACCUGUGGGUGCCCUCCGUCUACUGCUCCAGUGUUGCCUGCACCAACCACAACCGCUUCAACCCUAAAAAGUCCUCCACCUUCAAGAGCACCAGCGAGACGGUCUCCAUUGCCUAUGGUACCGGCAGCAUGACAGGCAUCCUUGGAUACGACACAGUCCAGGUUGCAGGCAUCUCUGACACCAACCAGAUCUUUGGCCUGAGUAAGACAGAGCCCGGCUCCUUCCUGUACUACGCUCCCUUCGACGGCAUCCUGGGCCUGGCCUACCCCAGCAUCUCCUCCUCCGGGGCCACCCCUGUUUUUGACAACAUGUGGAACCAGGGUCUGGUUUCCCAAGACCUCUUCUCCGUCUACCUGAGCAAAGAUGAUGAGAGCGGCAGUGUGGUGCAGUUCGGUGGCAUCGAUUCUUCUUACUACACGGGAACCCUGAACUGGGUGCCUGUUUCUUAUGAGGGUUAUUGGCAGAUCACCGUGGACAGCAUCACCAUGUCUGGAGAGCCCAUCGCUUGCAUGUUUGGCUGCCAGGCCAUCGUUGACACCGGUACCUCUCUGCUGUCCGGCCCGACCAAUGCCAUUGCCAACAUCCAGAGCUACAUCGGAGCCAGCGAGGGUCCCUACGGCAGCAUGGUGAUCAGCUGCUCCGCCAUUGACAGCCUUCCCGACAUCGUCUUCACAAUCAACGGUGUCCAGUACCCUGUUCCCGCAAAGGCCUACAUCCUGCAGAGCCAGGGAGACUGCAUGAGCGGAUUCCAGGGCAUGAACAUCCCCACCUUCUCCGGAGAGCUCUGGAUCUUGGGUGACAUCUUCAUCCGCCAGUACUACACUGUCUUUGACAGGGCCAACAACCAGGUCGGCCUGGCUCCCGUGGCCUGAGCCCGAGUCUUUCCGGCCACUUCCCAGGAAGAUCCCGCCCUAGUUUCUGUCCCUGUUUGUCCUUCGAUGUAGAUAAUUCUCCUGAUUGUUCUUCCUCUGGGAUCGUGGAGGUGGAACCUUGGCCCUGUUCCCUGUCACACCAAUAACGUAGAAUAAAUCAUAACCUCCUGGAAAAUGCUUUAUGAGGUUGCGUCUCUUUGUCAGUGUUCCCCUUUACAUCACUGGGGUCAGAAUGCCAGGGGAGGGGGACAGAACGGACCACAUCCAUUUGGACAGCACCAAACACAGUGACAGUGGCAGCACGCUCUUUGUAACAGAGCCGGCAAGAUGAAUGGGCCUCGGUUGGGCCAGCUGGGAGCAUCAUAUAAAGAGUUGGGGACC